GAUCAUUCUGGAUCAUGCAUGUUCCGUAAAUCCUUCCAAUGUGCAUGUAUAAUCUAGUUUACGGAGCACGCAAAUGUGAUCCUAUUCAAGAGGAGUGAAAAGCGCAGUAUCUAUGGCUCUAUUUUCCCCGUCUCCGCGCCGCAGCUAGAUCACAAGAGAGUGAGAGUUUUAGAUACUGGCUAAUCUGGCUUACUGCAAGUGCAAGAUAGUGGCUAGCUUUUUCCACAAUGGCUGACCCAAGGUUAUUAAGUGAUCAAGAUGAUGAGGAAGAUACUAGUAUUGAUGGUGAAAGAGCUACUGGCACUCAUGAAACAGUUUCUGAUGAUAUUACAUAUCUAUCAAAAUACGACAAAAGUAUGUCUACAAUGAAGCAUAUCUUGACGAGUAAAGGAACUUCGUCAGACAUUCACCUGCUUGUGGUGGGAAAAACAGGCCAGGGGAAGUCAACUUUUAUUAACAGCUUCAUAGAGUUACAAAAAGAGAUUGCAGAAGAGGGAGCAGAGGCAGACAUGUGUACCAAAUCAUGUCACUCUUACGUUCAUCCUGAGCUGUUACCCGGUGUCAGAGUGAGGGUUAUAGACUCACCUGGUUUGCAGGAUAUACAUAAUAAUGAGCAGCUGUACAUUGAAAAAAUAAAGGCUCAUUGUCAGGAGGUUAGCCUUGUGCUCUACUGCAUGAAGAUGACCAAUCAUAGGACUUCGGAUGAUGAUAAGUGUGCUCUACGUAAACUACAUCAGGCAUUUGGUCCCAGUUUUUUAAAGAGAGUUGUAAUUGUGCUCACUUUUGCUAACAAAGAAGACUGUGCACAGAGGGAUAGCCGAGAUGAUGACGAUCCUGAGCCUCCAUUUACAGACACAGAAGCAUGGGCAAAAUUAAUGAAAAAGAGGUUUGUUAAAAGAGUGCAACUACGUGCAGCUCGUAUCAAUGAUUUUUUAAAGGAGCAUCUUGGUAUUGAUGAUUUGGUGGUUCAGGUUGUACCAGCAGGAUAUUAUAAGCCAACAUUUUCUGAUCAUUACCCAAUGAAGCUUCCUGAUAGAGAGAACUGGUUACACGACUUAAUAACAUUUGCUCACUCACAAAUCAAGGAAAAACAUAAUUUUAGCUUGUGGAACUUAAAUGAUAAGAUUUAUCUGGCAUUCAUUAUUGAUAAUCAUGGUGAAGUUAAAGUUGAAAAGGAUGGGACUAAGACGAUUAAUGAUGAUGCUGAUAAAAUCAAAGAAACCUUUAACACCCUUGGGUUUUGUACCCUCUACUUCAACUCGCUCAGUUCUCGAUCAAUCAACACUCUACUGGAAGUGCUUCAUCACAUUGAUCACUCUCAGUUGGCCACAUUUGCUUUCAUUUUUCUCUGUAAGGGCAAAACCAGACACCUUUAUGAUUGCAACAAUGAACUAAUUGAUGCUGACAAAAUUUUUGGGUGCCUCCAAGAUGAACAGUCCCCUUUUGCUCAAUUACCAAAAAUCUAUUACUUUCAUUUAGCUCAUGACAAGGAGCUCAAAGAGAAACUUCAAGUUUCAUCUAUUCCUUCUAAUAAUUCUAUUCUUCUCAUAACAUCAGUAAUCCAGAAGAAUAGCAGUGUGGUUCUAGACACUGUUACAAAUAACCUGAAGCAGGGGGCCAGCAUACAAAAAUGUUUCAAAGAGAUUCAAAAAGAAUGUAACACAAAAGAUAACAUAAAAGUUUCCUGCAUGUGCAUUGAUAGUUUUACUGACAAGUUUGUUCUACCUACACCAUAUAAACCUUUCAACUUGAGAGCAGAGAAAGAGUACUACAAGAAGCAGCUGGAGCUAUACCGCUCUAUGUGGCACCCAAUACGUUCUGAGACCAUUAGUAUCAUAUCAGAAAAUAAAGAUAGUUUAUUGGAUAUAGUCCGCAAUGAGAGGAUAGCCAGAAUAGUUGCAUCAUCAGCCAGUCUAGUGAUAGGAGGUGGGAUGGUGGUCACUGGUCUUGCUCUGAUUCCAUUCACACUGGGUGCAUCAGUAGGCCUAUCAGUUGCUGGUGGUGUGGUUGGGGCUACUGCCUCACUAGGAGGGGUUGGAGCAUUUAUUGCUAGAAAAGUUCUAGAAAAUAAACGACUGAAAUCAGCCCAAGAGCACAUUAGUCUUGAUCAGCAGUUGAGUAUUAGUAUCAAUGAAAUUGCCGAGAAGUAUAAUGCUGCUAUGGUAAAGUGUACUGAGUCUGCUCUCAGCAGUGGAGGAAUGGUGGGAAAUGUUGCAGCUGGGGGGGCUCAGGGUAUUGCUAACCUGGGUAGGGUUGGUAUGGGCAUUGUAGUUGGAUUAGAAUCAGCUGCUGAGGCUGGAGCUAUUGCUUUGCGUACUGGAGCACGUGUUGCUGGUGCAGUCCUAGCUGGGGUUUCAUUAGCAGUGACGGUACCUAUUGAUAUUGGAUUCAUUGCAUAUCAUAAUACUUGCAUCACUAUUGAGUUACAACAGCAUUCAAUAGAAGGAGGACUUGAAUCCACAAUUGAAAUUGCUGACUUAGGAUAUGAGUUGAUUAUACCAGCUCUCACUGAAGAGCAGUUGACCAUUAACCUUUGCACUAUAUUCUGUGGUCCUUUUACUCUACCUGAUGGCUGUACUAUUGUUAGUGCUAUAUAUGAUAUUGCACUACCAGAGGAGCUACCUCCAGAUUUUAAUGCCACCAUCAAGCUAGAGCAUUGUGUUGAUCUUAAAGAUGACAUCACUGCCAGCAAAAUGUGCUUUGCAACUGCUGCUGUUGAUUUAGAAAAGAAAGUCUUUGCAUUCAAUUGCAUUGAUGGAGGGACUUUUUCUAUAGGAGAGACGUAUGCUUCAUUAAAGAUCAGUAAAAGCUGUCUUAUUUGUGUCUUGUACAAAGGAUCUAUGAGGGAUACAUCAGUGAAGUAUGCUGGUCAAUGUUCUUAUGUCAAAGAAUAUAAGAACUGCUGGACUAUGAGUAUACUAUUCACUAAGUGCCUAAAGGCACAUUUGAAGUAUGCACAAUCUGAGUCAAUUGGCACCAUUGAGUCUCACUCGUUUUUGUUUACAGACAGGAAUGAUGACCAAGAGUUAUCAAUGGGACUUCAUAAGUUUAAAAAUCCAAUGGAAAGCAAUGGAUGGAAGAUAUCGCCCCUCUCUCUCAUACCUGAUAAAGUAUAG